UUGGGCACUGGGACAGGCUGCCCAGAGCCGUGCAGCUGAGGAAGGGAUUGUGAGCAAGAAAGAGAAGAAUCCCCACCAGGGCAUUCCUGGGCCAGGGAAGCCCGAGGGCUUGGUGUCAGGACUAUCCAAGGAGAAGAGUUCCCAGCGCAUUGCACGGGACCCAGUUCCCCCCCACAGGUCAGAAAGGGUUCAGAGACCUCCCCUGGGGAGGAGUCAAAGCCGAGCGAUGCUGCGUGGAAAAAGUUUCAGGAGGCUGCCAGAUAUCAUCCAGCAGAGAAAUCCUGCUGUGGGGAGACUGACGAUAUGUGGGGACUGUGGGAAGAGCUUCCGGGUGAGCUCCAACCUCGUCCAGCAUCGGAGAAUCCACACUGGAGAGAAACCCUUCACCUGCUCCGACUGCGGGGAGAGCUUUCGGCAGCGAUCGCACCUCAUCCAGCACCAGAGGAUCCACACCGGGGAGAGGCCCUACGAGUGCACCGAGUGUGGGAAGAGCUUCAGCAUGAGCUCCAAGCUGAUCCGGCACCAGAUAACCCACACCGGGGAGAAGCCCUACAAGUGUGCCGAGUGCGGGAAGAGCUUCUCUGGGAACUCGCAGCUCGUCCAGCACCAGCGAGUGCACACCGGGGAGAAACCCUACAAGUGCAGUGACUGCGGGAAGAGCUUCAGCGUGAGCUCAGCCCUGACGCGACACCAGCGGGUCCACACUGGGGAGAAGCCCUACGAGUGCGCCGAGUGCGGGAAGAGCUUCAGCCAGAGCUCCGAGCUGAUGAAGCACCAGCGCGUCCACACUGGGGAGAAGCCCUACGAGUGCUCCGAGUGCGGGAAGAGCUUCACGGUGAGUUCCGCCCUCAUCCAGCACCGGCGGUUCCACCUGGGCGAGCGCCCCUACGGGUGUGCCGAGUGCGGGAAGAGCUUCACGGUGAGCUCCCACCUCAUCCAGCACCGCCGCUUCCACACUGGGGAGCGCCCGUUCGAGUGCACCGAGUGCGGGAAGAGCUUCCUGUGGAGAUCAGCCCUGCUCCGCCACCACAGGGUCCACACAGGAGAGAGGCCCUAUGCCUGCACGGACUGCGGGGACAGCUUUCGGCAGAGUGCCCACCUCAUCCAGCACCGGCGCACCCACACUGGGGAGCGGCCCUAUGCCUGUGCUGACUGCGGGAAGGGCUUCACCGUGAGCUCUGCGCUCCUCCGGCACCAGCAGAUCCACAGGGCAGGGGAGCCCCAGGAGGGGUGAGAGCAGGGUGCAGUUAGGUCUGUGACAUCCCUGGGGAGCAAAGCCCAGCGUCGCUCUCCCUUCACUCUAUUGCUUGCCCCGCUUGUGGAGAGUGAAAGCAAUUUCUUGUUAGGAGAAUGGGAAGGAGAGCAGGAGAUCCUAAAAAGUAGAGGUGGAAGAAAGGGAGAGUGGGCGCAAAGAGCUGAACUGGAGCUGUGAUGCAGUGGGGGAAGGAGGUGGCGUUCAGAGGGAUAGCGCUGAGGUGAGACAGGAGGGAAGUGGUUUGAACAGCGUGGAAUGUUCUCAGUGGCGUUUCAGCGGAAGGGAAAUAUCUUGCCUUUGGAGAACUUAUGGAGGGAAGUGAACGGACCAGCUGAGAGCCUGCAAAGCUCUGACAGGGUACACAGAAGCUCCUGCGUUCCCUCCCUGCCACCGCUCUGUCCGGUGGCCCUGAACGAUGUCCUCCAGGCCCUGGGCUGUGCCGGGGGAGCUUCCCGAGCCCCCUCCCGGUGCUGAGGGGCCCCGGGGCUGGCGGCGGGGAGACGUUGGGUUUGGUAACGCGCGGUGUGCCUUCUAAGAAACGCGGAGAUUAAACUGUACGUUAGCGCGGGGCGGUCGUUGCCACAGCUCGCCAAUAAAGCCUUCAGCACAGCG